GUUUGCACUUCCAGUUGGUGCUAUUGCACGAAGCACAUUUCGUUACAAGGAGUUAUUUUGAGGGGCUAAUUCUGUGUAGAUAUUCUGCCGUUGCGUUAUUUCUGCGUGUCAACUCAACGUUCAACUUUGUUUAUCUGGAAUGAGGCAUUUGUUAGGCUUUCUUAUAGGAAUGAGGUAGCUCGUGCGCGUUACCUGGCUAAAAAAAAAAAAACGUGCAUUUGGGUCACCAUGAACAUCGAAGUAUUCAACUGAUUACCUGCGUACGCAUCCUAUCUUAUCUUUUAGGACUCCCAGUAUUUGUGAGCAUUGGUAAGCAACCUACGAAAUGAGCUACAUGAUUGAGUAAAAUUGAGACGAGCUACUAGUCUUUAUUUAGGUUUUCAUUCUGAAACAUCAAAAAUAGCUUGCAAUUGCCUUGCAUUCAUUGUUCACCGUUUUCAUUUUUGGCAUGAUGCAACAGCACAGGCUUGCGCGUCUACACAAGAAAAUAAGAAACAAAUGUUGCUAACCUGUGACAUGGAGCUUGACACGAAUGUAUAAUGCAGCGCACUCACCUGCUAGGAAAUUAACCGAAAGUUAUGUAGCAAGUCCAGAGAGAAUGUGGUUAUACAUUACAUCACUGCUUUUCUAAUGGUAAAUUGUGUUAUCAGUAAAGAAGCCCGGGAAAAAACUACCGGAUCUGCACCUAGUGCUUGGCCAUUUUUCAUCGAACUGCACAGGUUUCUGGGCACACUGCCCAUAAACGACCGCUCUCUCGUGCAAGAGAGUUGCCCUUCACCAAGGGGAAAUGUCGAUGAGAUUAUUCGGGGCAUGGAGACUGGGUCAAGUCUGUCCUCAGAUGAAGACGGGGCUACUGAAGGUUGCUCCGCGACAGAUGCCUGCAGCAGUGUCUCGGACCUCCUGCAGGAACCCCAGCCUAGCACCAGCACGAGCCAGCCUGGCACCAGCACGAGCCAGCCACGUGGCAAGCGUCGAGCUCAAAAGAGAAAGCGGAUGUCCGCCAAUGAAAAGUUUCAAAGUGCGCUGCUUGAACAGCAAGCGAAGCUUAUUGCAGCACUGGAGACUGCCACGCAAAUGAGCAGGGCCCCUAUUGUUUGA